ACGACCAGUCCACGUUAUCCUGGCAAACGAACCACACAUGCCAAAGGUAUCUACCUACCCUAAAAUAAUACGCGAAACAUCCAAAACAUAAACCAUUACAUAUAUCAUUGUAAUAAUACUGUUAUAAAUUAAAAUUGUGAGCACAAAAGUGUAGUAGGUACUCUGUUCGUUUGAUGUGAGAUGAGUAUCAGAGAGUUCAUUGAAAACAAUGCACAUGUACGCCGUUGACCGUGAUACUGCUCAAUUCAUAAAUAGACAUCACCGUAAGAAUCUUUCUGAUGCGUCUCUCCACGAAUACAACAGCUGAAAUGACGUUAAUAUUAAGAAAAUUCUUGUGACAAUUAGCGACAAAAUGGCUGAACCAUCAUAUGAAAUGCAAGUGAAAGAGGAUGAACAAAAAAAUGGGAAGAAGCCAACCCUUGCCGCUGGGAAAAUUUUCUAUAAACCAGGUGUCACUGAAGAAGAAACUGAUGAGACUAGCGUGUUUGAGAGCUCUGUUGUCGAAUCACCAAUGCUUGGGUACGGAGGUAGUAACUUUUUAAGACCACAGAUUCAGCCUUCAAGCAGUUUACACAGAAUACCAACGUACAGCAGCUCAAUUGGCCAAAGCACGGUAUACCGUCAGGAAACUCUUUGCAGAAACCGAUUACACAGACAUGGAAUCACGAGAAGAACAAGACGGCGGGCUAUUCUUAAAAAUGGAGAAUGUAAUAUACUUAAAUCACGGAUUUCUCAGCGCCGGUUGAGAUUUCUCCAGGAUAUGUUUACUACACUUGUCGACGCACAGUGGCGAUGGACUCUACUUGUAUUUACACUCUCCUUUAUCUUAUCCUGGUUAGGAUUUGCACUUAUAUGGUGGUUAAUAGCAUUCACACAUGGCGAUCUGGAAACUGAUCAUUUACCGCCUAUGCAAGAGUCUUCAAAUUGGAAUCCUUGUGUAUUAAACAUUUACGAUUUUACUUCGUGUUUCCUCUUCAGUAUUGAGACGCAACACACAAUUGGUUAUGGUGCACGAACAACUACGGAAGAGUGUCCAGAAGCAAUUUUCAUUAUGUGUCUACAAAGUAUAGUGGGUGUCAUGAUUCAAGCUUUCAUGGUGGGUAUAGUUUUCGCGAAGAUGACAAGGCCUAAACACAGAACACAGACCCUGCUGUUUUCAAAACACGCAGUAAUAUGCCAGAGGGACGGCGAGCUCUGCCUAAUGUUCCGAGUGGGUGACUUGAGGAAAUCUCAUAUCAUAGGAGCCAGUGUGAGAGCUCAGCUAAUCCGGUCUAGAACAACGAAGGAAGGAGAAACUCUAUCUCAUUAUCAAACUGAACUGCAACUAAACGCAGAUGGGUGCGAUGGCAACUUGUUUUUCAUUUGGCCUAUUACGAUGGUGCACAGAAUAAACGCUGAAAGUCCUUUCUAUGGUGUAUCUGCCGCAGACGUCUUACAGGAGAAGUUUGAGAUAGUCGUUAUAUUAGAGGGUACUAUAGAAUCUACGGGGCAAACUACACAAGCGAGGUCUAGUUAUACGUCUAGUGAAAUAAUGUGGGGACAUAGGUUUGUGCCGCUAGUGACAUACAACCGUGAACGUCAAGGAUACGAAGUGGAUUACUCUAAAUUUGAAGAGACGACGCAGGUGGACACUCCGUUGUGUUCAGCCAAGGAGCUGGAUGACUUUUACGGCAGCCAGGCUGAUCGUAGAUCGAUUGAGAGCACGGAACAUGGUCAACAGGCGGUGUUCCUCAAGAUGCCGGAACGGAAGAAACCAGAAGCCACAGCUGAGCAAAAGGACGGGGACUUCACCGUUACCUUAUAAAUAAUUAAGUUCGUAAUCUAAAAAUUUAUUACACAAGGUCUACUAUUAUAUUCGCUCGAAUUUUUGCUAUAUUUUUUUUAACUAAUAUUGUUAAAUACGAUAGUUAUUUAAUAAACCAUUUUACAAGGAAUUAUGCUUAUCAAUUGUAUAAGUAAUUUGGUUAUUAUUUCAACGAAAGAGAAUCUCAGUAAAUCUCAAUUAUUAUUGCAACUUGUGUAAAAUUAUAAAGGUGAGCCAAUUAAAAUAUUUUGCAUGUCUUAGGUAUUGAUAUAACAUUUUUUAUUAAGUUUUAAAUUUAUUUAUUUUAUUAACGGUUAAAAUUAAUUACUAUAAUGUCAAAUAUUUUUAUAGGCUCAACAAGCUUAAAUAUAGAAAAAAAAAUUAUAACGGUCACAAACCAGUUUUAGAACUAGUCAGAUUCUAGCUUAGCCUCUAUUAGACUCAAAUUAAUAAGUAGUCUACCUAAGGUUGUGCGAACAAUUACUAUUAAGAUGUAUACCUACUUCAAAACAUUCCAAACUGUGAACUGAUAAAUUUAAUAGAAUGAAUAUGUGUGUAAAAUGUAGUAAGUAAGUAUGUAUUAUUGGCAUUUAAUAUUACAAUUUAAAGAAAGUAAUUUUCUGAAAUACUGAUACUAAUAUUGGUUCUUUUGGGAUUAAUUAUAGGUACUAAAACAUUAUUCAAUUAUUCGGAAAGCGUAAUUAUUAAAAUGAAAACCAAAACAAAUUUUCUACUCUUAAAAUUACCUAAAUGUAGAUGUUAUAAUUUAUUUUAGGUUGUUUAUUUAUACAUGAAAUUAAUUGUCCCAUAUUUUGUUAAUAUAGAACAAACAACAUAAAAAUUGUGAAGUUAUUAAUGAACAAUUAUUUAUUUUUAAUAUAAUAAAUAUGGAAUAUAUAUGGUUAUUAUUGUAAGUAAAUUGAGUAGGUAUACCAAAGUUAUGAUUUAAGAAUAAACUUAAAUGUCAUCAAAACAGUUGAAUGAAAGGUGAAAUUAAAAAAAAAAUCACUAGGAAUUAAUUUUAGCUACAGUCGAUGUUUGUUUAUAGGUUUUUUUUUUUCAUUUUAUCUUCGAAAAGUUUUCGAAGGAUAGUUGUUGGAAAAUAAAUAUUAAUGGACAUUUAUUUUAUCCAUAACAUACAAUUUAAAUAUUGUAAAUUUAAAUUAAAAUUCUAAUAUCAUGAUCAUUAUUAAUAUCAACUUUACUUACUUUAUGUACUACUUAUUUCCUUUAUUUAAAAAUAAAAAUGCUUAUAAUCCACCCUACAUUUUGUUUAAGUCCAAAAUUAAGUGUUAUCACAUCAUUAUAUAGAUUGCCUAUGACGGAUACCUACUGAAAUAAUUGUUUGUAAGAAUAUUGUUGAAUGUAAAUAUUGAAUGAAUAAUUAUUUUAACGUUA